UUAAGAUUUUUAAGAAGUAAUCAUUUUUUUUUUCCAGGAUAGAAAAAUUUUUGGUCUUGUGAAUUAAAAAUUGAAAUUUUGAAUGAAUUUUUUAAUAUUAAAAUAUGUCUACAACAUUUUCAAUAAGGAUUCGCCAAGAAGGUCAUGCGAAUGCUCUUGCCCUCAAUAAGGAUUGUACGCAAAUUGCAGUCGCCGGACGAUAUUUAUUGAAAAUAUUUUCUAUUGAGCCUGAUGGAUUUAAUGAAGUAUGUAAUAUGCGUGGAGCUAAAAACCACCAAAUUCAUCCAUCAAAUGAUAUUGUUUGGAGCCAUGUGGAUUCAAAUAUACUAGCCACAGCAGCCACAAAUGGUGUGGUAUCAGUUUGGGAUCUUUCGAGAUUUGGCAGACAAAAACAGUACUUAGUUUAUAAUGAGCAUGAGAGAACUACUCACACAGUCACAUUUCAUAACACAGAACAGUUAUUGCUUUCUGGAUCUCAAGAUGGGACAAUCAAAUGUUUUGACUUAAGAGUUGAUAAAUCGGUCUCAACAUAUUUUAGUAACACUGAAGGUGUGCGAGAUGUAAAAUUUAGCCUUCAUCAUACGAAUAACUUUGCAGCAGUGUCUGAGAACGGAAUAGUUCAACUUUGGGAUAUUAGAAAACCAGAUAAGUGGAUUUUAAAUUACACUGCUCAUAGCCAGCCUGUGUACACAUGCGAUUGGCAUCCUACAAAAAAUUGGUUGGCAACGGGAAGCAGAGAUAAAAAUAUAAAAGUAUGGAGUAUGGAAGGGAAAGCAUCGUUGGAAUACACAAUUCCAACUAUGGCAGCGGUUUUGAAAAUUAAAUGGCGUCCUGAUAAAAUACACCAAAUAGCAAGUUGUGCGUUAUUGAGAGAUUAUAGUGUCCAUGUUUGGGAUAUUAGAAGACCUUAUAUACCAUACGCUUCAUUUAAUGAACAUACUGAUAUAAUAACAGGUCUUUCUUUUAAAGGAAAUGACGCAAAUACACUUUUUUCUACAAGUAGAGACUCAACAAUAUUUCACCAUGUUUUUAGUGAUGCUGUAUAUCCAGCGCUCAAAACAAAUAACCAUGGCGCUGCCUUGAAUAUUAAAGGUGAUAUUCUUUAUGCAGAUAAAAUUAAAAUCGCAAAUCCAUCUCCGACAAGUAGCUCCAAAAAUUCGUUUGCUGGCUCAAAUCGAUCAAAAUCAACUAUAAUUGAAGAGCAGUUUCUCAUGGCUCAGUCAUCGUUAAAUAAAUUCAUUCUUAAAGCUACUUAUAAUGGAUUUUCAGAAGAUAAUAAAGUAAGAACUCCUUUAAAAGAAUAUCAGUGUUUUGUAGGCUGUGCUAAAGAAUACAUAUUAAAAGACGAUACGUUAGAAAAUAUAUGUGACCAUAACGCAAAAAUUUCAAAAAAAUAUGGUAAACACAAUGCUACCACUCUAUGGACUUUUAUAAAAAGAUUUUAUGCGUCAACUGACUUUGUAUACAAAAAGAAGGAAACACGAAAUUCACUUUCUACUCAAAAUUCUUUAACAAGUCGCAGAAUGACACAAGUUGCAAAUCAACCAUUAUUGCAAUGGGGUAAUGAGGAGUGUAAGGAUGAUAAGCAAUCUGAAAGUGAUGAUGGAAUUGUGUUAGAUGACCCUAAAAUUAUGGAUUUUAUAACGCCAAAAAAUGGAGAAUCUAAACCCCUCUUCAGUAAUGCAUCUCAAACAGGGCUAAUAAUAUUUGAAAAAUCUCAAAUAACUUCAGAUAACUUUAAAAGUUUGAGAGAUGGUUUUUUGUACGUUGGUACUCAUCAUCAUACUAAAGGACUUAUAUUUCCAGAAGCAGACUUACAUGAUUUACAAAAUACCUCAAAACAACAACAACAACAAGCUAUAACUAAUAGUAAUGAGAGCAGGGAAGAAACGACACCGCCCCCUAAUCCUCCAAAUACAUUGAAAUUAAGUACAAUUCCACAAAUACCAAUGUGGGAGCCUCAUCAAGUUAUGACAGAAUGUCUGUUGUUACAAACUGAAGUUGGCGAUGUACAAACAUCUUUAUGUAUUUUAAUAGCUAUGGGAGAAAGUAGAAACUAUUUGUCAAUUGAAGAGGAUUUAGUGGAGUAUUGGUUUCAUUCGUAUAUCGAAGAAUUACAUAGAAAUCAAUUGUGGAACGAAGCUGCAUUAAUAAUAAAUUUAUCUUGGAUAAAAUCGGUUCGUACCCUAAAUCAACAAUCAACAACAGCACAUACAGGAUGUGGCGAAUGUGGCCGCGCAAUCGAAUCAGUCGUUGGGUGGUAUUGUUCCAAAUGUAAGACUACCUCAAAAUGUUGUGUUUGUGGUUUAGUUGUGAGAGGAUUAUAUGCAUGGUGUCGCGGAUGCUCUCACGGGGGUCAUAUAGAGCACUUAAAGCAAUGGUUUUCGGUUCAAGAGAAAUGUCCUAAAUGCGGACAUAUGUGUAUAUAUGAUUAAAAUUUUUAUUAAUUAUAUCAAUUUACAUUUAGAUUUGAUAGAUAAACUUAGUUUUAUUUUAAUUUAUAAAAAAGAGUUAUAGAUUGUUAAAAAAAAAAAAUGAAAAAA